CGAGCGCUAUAGAAUCAGGAAAAAGAUAACAAUAGCGAUGGCAGCGAGGUCGGUGGAGUCCCAGUCCGAACCUCGACUCAUUAAUAUCCGAGAGAAACAGCGUACUGUAAACCACAAACCAGACAAACAUUAGCGGUGAUGGAGUGAGAAAUGCAGUGCGUUGAAAAGUGAAAGAGUGGAGGAGGGAGAAAGUGUCAAGAGACACAACGAAGAUAACGAACGAGGAGGAACGAGGAACAGUAGCGUCAGUGAAAAGGAAAAGCAGACAUGUUUCUACGAAAAGAGACGGAGAGACCUGCUAAAGAUCGGAGAGAGAAAAACGGUGAGAAGUAACUCCAGAGAGAGGCUAGACUGUAAAAGAGAUAGAGAGAAAACGUGUGUAUGCAGCUGAUAGAGAAAGAGGGAACGAGAAAGGGUUAUGGAGUGACGAGGAGAUCUAUCGGUCACGGUAAGAGAGUGGGGAGGAGGCACUGACAAAGAGAGAUAAUGUAAAAUACUUGGUGAAGAAGAGAGAUAGCGGUGAUCGUUGAAGCUCGUCACGGGAGACGGUGGAGGACGGUGGAGGACGUUGGUCCUCCGCUGUUGGAGAGCGCGGAAUCGUGGAAUCGUGGAGUAGAGCGAGCCGACGACGCACCGUCCGGGUCGUGCUCCUCGUCGCGGCUCCUGUUCUCAUCUCGCGGCUGUUUUGUUCGGGUUGAAUGGACGAGGGUACCAAGUGCAGAGUGCCGAUCGGCGACGCCUGCGUGUCUAUGCGCGUGUGCUUCGACUCCUUGUGCUUCUCGUCGACGCAGCAGCGGCUCGCCGACGAGGAGGACGCUCCGCAGCUGCCGACGCACGGCGCCGUGGCCGUGGUCGCGGCUGGCCAGAGGGCCAUCUCGAACGUCACCGGUGCGACCGCGAUUACAGCAAUGGGCACCCUCAGGGAGUUGCAGGAGUUGCUCCGUGUGAAGGACGAGAGGAUUGCCGAGCUAGAGGCGCUCCUCUGUCGUCGCGACGCCGAAAUCCAAGAGCUCCGAAGUCACCUGGACAAAUUUCUAAGUGUUCUGCCGUUUAAAUCGCCGCUGACACCGACGAAACCCAGGCCCAGGAAGCAGAGGGCCCAGGGCAUCUCCGCGGAACCACCGCUGCAGGAGUUUGCGGCGCUGACGGUCGUCGACAAGAGCGACAGAUCUCGUGAACUGAUCAAAGCUGCCAUUUUGGACAAUGACUUCAUGAAGAACCUGGAGCUGACGCAGAUCAGAGAAAUCGUGGAUUGCAUGUAUCCUGUUUCGUUUUCAGCUGGAUCUACCAUUAUAAGAGAAGGAGAUGUCGGGUCUAUUGUAUAUGUUAUGGAAGAGGGUAAAGUGGAGGUAUCGCGCGAUGACAAAUAUUUGAGUACUCUGGCACCGGGAAAGGUAUUAGGCGAGCUAGCAAUUCUCUAUAACUGCAAAAGAACAGCAACGAUAACAGCUGCUACCGAUUGCCAACUAUGGGCCAUCGACCGGCAAUGCUUCCAAACAAUUAUGAUGAGGACUGGCCUCUCGAGGCAGGCCGAGUACACGGACUUCUUGAAGAGCGUUCCAAUCUUCAAAAAUUUACCCGAAGAGACUCUGAUAAAAAUUUCUGACGUUCUGGAAGAGACUUUCUACAACAAUGGCGAUUAUAUAAUCAGACAAGGAGCAAGAGGAGACACAUUUUUCAUAAUCAGCAGAGGACAAGUCCGCGUGACGAUAAAGCAACCCGAUACUCCCGAAGAAAAGUAUAUCAGGACGUUAGGAAAAGGUGACUUCUUUGGUGAAAAAGCACUCCAAGGAGAUGAUCUGAGGACGGCCAAUAUAAUCGCCGACGAUCCUGAAGGAGUGAGUUGCCUGGUGAUAGACCGUGAAACUUUCAAUCAAUUAAUCUCAUCCCUGGACGAAAUUCGUACGAGAUACAAAGACGAACUCGUCGAGCGUCGAAGGUUGAACGAGGAAUUUAGAGACUUAAGGCUGCAAGAUCUUCGACCUCUGGCCACCCUAGGCGUGGGUGGGUUCGGAAGAGUCGAAUUAGUUCAAAUAGCGAGUGACAACUCGAGAUCCUUCGCCCUUAAACAGAUGAAGAAGGCUCAGAUUGUAGAAACGCGACAGCAACAGCAUAUCAUGUCUGAAAAGAGAAUCAUGGGCGAGGCUGAUUGUGACUUCAUCGUGAAACUGUUCAAGACCUUCAAAGACCGGAAGUAUCUCUACAUGCUGAUGGAAGCUUGCCUUGGUGGCGAAUUAUGGACCGUCCUCAGGGACAAAGGACAUUUUGAUGAUAGCACGACGAGAUUUUAUACCGCCUGUGUUGUAGAAGCAUUCGAUUAUCUUCAUUCAAGGAACAUCAUUUAUAGGGAUCUCAAACCGGAAAAUCUGUUAUUGGAUAGCCAAGGAUACGUUAAGUUAGUCGAUUUCGGUUUUGCCAAACGUUUGGAUCAUGGAAGAAAAACAUGGACUUUCUGUGGAACACCGGAAUACGUUGCACCGGAAAUUAUUUUAAAUAAAGGACACGAUAUUAGCGCUGAUUAUUGGUCUCUAGGUGUUCUUAUGUUUGAACUUUUGACGGGGACGCCACCCUUCACUGGAGGUGAUCCAAUGAAAACUUACAAUAUUAUUCUAAAAGGAAUUGACGCCAUUGAAUUCCCAAGAUCCAUCACGCGAAAUGCAACCGCGUUAAUAAAAAAACUCUGCAGGGACAAUGCAGCAGAACGUCUUGGUUACCAAAAAGGCGGAAUUAGCGAAAUACAAAAGCAUAAAUGGUUCGAUGGCUUCAACUGGGAAGGUCUAAGAGCGAGGACUCUAGAACCCCCAAUCAUGCCACGAGUCCAAAAUGCUACUGACACAGCGAACUUCGACGAGUAUCCUCCAGAUUCCGACCCACCACCUCCUGACGAUGUAUCAGGAUGGGACAAUGACUUCUAAUCGCUUUAACCAUUUAUUUAAAAAAUGAUAUCGUUAUUUUUGGACAAAAUAUCGAAUUUCAAUGAUCGUGAGAUGGUCGAGGAAUCGUUGAGACGUAUGACCUAUCAGCGUUUGCAUUUAUCCAACGAACUAACACUAUGUGAUGAUUAGACAAUUAUCUAGUAAUAUCAUUUUAAAUGUAAUGAUAAUGGCCUAGAAUAAAAAAGCAGGUCAUUCAAGGUUAGGUUUUCAACGACUUCCGAUAUCUAUUACACGAUCUGAGGAUCCAGAAGAUCCAUCAAAAGGACCAGAAGUCGCCUUAAUUGUAAGUACCAUCUAGAGAGAAACACGAAUUUUUCAGGCGUCACUCGGAAAACUGAACAUGCGUUUGAUUUAGAAAAAUAUUUACACGCGUUCAACGAACGCGAAUGAAUGAAAGCGUCAAGUGCCAUACCUGACAAAGGUAAAAACGACUACCAUUAUGUGUGUAUAGAAAAGCAUCCACGAGGAACGUGCGCGAAAUGUAAGUAGUCAGCUCAAUCGUAAUGGAGAACUUGCCAUCGAACUCGCCACCUCGUGCACGCAAUUUCGCGAGGAAAGAACCACGGAUGCUUAAUGUCCGAUUUAUUGUUGUUUGAUUCACUUUAUAGUUUAUUGUAAUAAUUCUAUUUUAAUUAAUUAUGCGAAAAUGUGACCCUUGUAAAUAAUUAAUUAUAAAUAAUUAAAUAAA